AUGGCAAGAACUCUGAUCCUGCUGAGCCUUUGGUUCCUUGCCGCCUGGGCUGGCAAUUGCUCCUCCGACGUGAGGGAGAAGCGACAGGAAUGGGGAGAGCUUCCUUCGUCAACGCGCAAAAGCUAUAUCAAAGCCGUCAAGUGUAUGCAGCAAAAGCCGGGCAAGCUGCCCACUGAGUACUACCCCGGGGCCCGCAGCCGAAUGGAUGACUUCACGAUAACGCAUAUCAACAGCACACUUGGUAUUCACUUUAACGGUGUUUUCCUUUCCUGGCACCGUCAUUAUCUCUGGCUGUGGGAACAGGCUCUCAAGGAGGAAUGCGGAUACGAAGGACAUCAACCGUACUGGAACUGGGCUCAAUCAGCUGGCGAUCUCGGUUCUAGCCCGGAAUUCGACGGCUCCCCGACUUCUCUCUCCGGCAACGGCAAUCCCAGCGUGCCGUAUGCCGGCAACGAUCCUGCCUUGACCCAGAUCUCGACUGGAGGCUGCGUAACGACAGGUCCCUUUGCGAACCUCCAAGUGCAUCUUCCCGACCUAAAUUCAUUCGUCGGGGCGAGCUCGGUUCAACCCUCGUUCUUCAACUACGAGCCGCGAUGCUUUGCCCGGUCAUUCAACGACACCAGCUCCCGGCUCUGGCUCAACCAGACAGCAGUCGAUCGCCUUCUCAACUCGCCUGACAUUCGCACUUUCCAGUUCAAUAUGGAUGGUCGGGACACGCCGCAGUUCCCACCGGGAGGCUUUAUUGGCCCACACUCUGCCGGGCAUCAGUCGCUGGGGCCCAUCAUGGGCGACUUCUUCUCUUCGCCCCAGGAUCCGGUCUUUUUCCUUCACCACGCCAUGGUGGACCGUACCUGGGCACUCUGGCAGGCCCAAGACGAGAAGACUCGACAGACGCAGCUGUACGGCACCAGCAGCAUGUUCAACGCACCGACCACGCCGAAUGUCACGCUGGACACGCAGCUUCACUUUGGAAUUCUCAGUGAACCCAGGACGAUUGGUGAGUUGAAGAGCACUCACGAGCAGGACUUCUGCUAUGAGUAUGCUUAG